ACGACCAACGUCAUUCUAACGUGACGCUUCGGUAUGAAAGCAUAUUAGAAAAGUGCGUGCUUCUUAUUGACUUUAUUUUUCUCAGUUGAAUCCAAUGGGGUCGCUGUGUCCAUUUCUUUUACUGUCUAUGGAAAACACAAGCUAAUGAAAAUAUCAGUUAAUUUUUAUAUAUUGUUACAUGUGUGAAAAUAAAGUCCGCGCACAUAAACUCUUUUUCAGAUCUGAAAUUUUAUACUAAUUCAGUCCUCGGUAUAUUAGCUGCUCAUGGAUCCCGUUGUUAGACGUAAGAUCCCUGCGUGUGUUCGUUCAUUACUCACUGAUAGUUCAGCAAAGGAGGAAGAAUACUUAAGCGACUGGCCUGAAAUAGAUUCUGAAUCAGUUACCACCAAAGAUGGGAUUGCACUUCCCAUAAGAGGGACUAAUGAACCUCUCCUGACACCUGCUAAUGGAACAGAGGGUGGAACUACUGCAUCAUCAAUCAAACCAUGCGGGCUUUGCUUAUCCAACCCCUCCUGUUACACUUGUCCAAGGUGUAACAUCCCAUAUUGCGGCCUGGCUUGUUACAGGAGCCAGAAUCACUCUUCAUGCUCAGAGGAGUUUUACAAAGAGUCUGUGCUGCAGGAGCUGAAAUCCCAAGGUGUCUCAGAUGAGGAGGGGAAAAGCAAGAUGCAGGAAAUUCUGCUCCGGCUCAGACAGAGUGCAGAAAGCGAGGGAGGGAUAGAGAAUUUGUUAAGGAACUUGGGAGAUGAUGAAACUAGUGUGACCGAAAAAGACACUCAUGCUUUGGAGCUGCUUUCUCAGUUAGCAGAGAUUCAAUCUAGUGGGGAUGAAAAAAGUCACGAGGUGCAAGAAAUACUAGCAGAACUCAGAGAUAUUGAAGUAGGGAGUGAUGAAGAGGAAGCUGAUUUAGCUGAAAAGUUUGCAGGCCUGGAUAUCGACUCUCUUUCAGAAGAAGAACUCUGGUCGUUGUUAUCAGCCCAGGAAAAGGAAAAAUUUGAGAGACUGGUGAAUGAAGGUAGUAUUGGUGGACUGGUUGUCCUGUGGAGCCCUUGGUGGGAACGGCAUCAGAAAGAUACUAAAGCACUAGUCGAGGAACUUGAGUCUGAGAAUGAUGAAGAAAUGCAUGAUAUGAAUGUUGAAAAAGACAAAAAAGUUAGUAGCAAUAAAGUGAAAUCAGACAAAUCACUGAGAAGUUCAAUCCCUCCAAUAAGUGCCAAAAUUGCUCCUCUUCACACACUAUCUUCAAACCCAUCUCCUCUAGUGCAGUACAACCUGAUCAACGCUCUUUAUGGAUACACCUUCUCGCUUUGUCUCUAUAAUGGAGAAAUCUCAGAGAUGUUGCAUGAGUUCUGUAAGGCAGUGCUCUCCAUUUCAGAUGGUUUGGGUGCCGGACGGGUCUACAACUCUGUCUCUGAGGCUCUUGACGCAGGAAUAAGAGCUGUAUCUGCAGGAGGAUACUUUGAUCGUGAGGACCCUUUAGCUCCACUUCGAGCUGUGGAAGCGGUGGCUCAUAUUCUGACUGGAGAGAGCAGAGAGGACGCUGUUGGAUAUUCACUGUCAGCUUUGUCCCAGCUGCGCACAGCUUUGAGCAAAGCAAAGGCUUCUGUUCCAAAGGAAGACGAGCAGAUGAGGCGGGCGUAUUUCCAAGCUGGAAAGAAGUGUGAGUUUUUUCAGUCGUGGGUGAAAGAGAAUCCCAAAGUUUUGAGGAGUCUGGCGGGAUGUGUGUGGACGGACUAUGAGAAAAGGGAGAUGGAGAGGAUGACAUUAGAGGGAGAGAAGAAAUGUUUGGAAAAGAGAUGGGAAAAAAGUAGAGGUAAAGGUGGAUUGAUAGAAGAGAUUGAGUGAGAUUUUAUUGUAUAUAUUUGUAAAUAAAAAGUAAUAAUUUAAAAUAAAAUAAUUUGUAUUACAA